AUGCGCUUCACCAACCUCCUCCCGGCUCUCGCCCUUCUGUCAUCUGUACUCGGGCGCGCAUCGCCGGCCACUUCGCCCAACCCUCGAUACCUCGUCAACCGAGCCCUCGCCAAUGUCAAUGCUUGUGUCACAGUCGCUGUCGGAACAAAUGUCCCCCCGAUCGUCGUGGCUGUUAUCGGCUCGAUCAAGGUGGCAGUUCAAGAGACUCUUUGCUUGUGUACCGUCAACGCCGUUGGAGGACCCGUCGCAACCGCAACCUCCGCCACCGCGAUCUCGAACGCGCUCAGCCGCGACACGGGCAUCACUGUAACCACCCUGCCCGUCGCCGGUCCUGGGGUGACUACCUCCAUCACUGUCGGGGCAUUGAACGACCUUCUGAGACCACUCGGUCUGGACCUUACCAGCCUCUUCAUCAACGCUUUGAUCCAAGCUUUGCCCGCAGUCGUCCCUGUCAGUGGGACCAACAACGCUUGUGCCAACUACCCUACUAGCGGAACCUUCGAGCCUGUUGCACCUACGACCGCCCAGUGCGGCGACUGCUUCUUCCGAUGUACCGGCACCACCCCCUUCCUCUGCCCCAACACUUCCGGCGGCGGCAGGUUCUGCAGUAGCACCGAAUGCUCCGGUCCUUCGGCAGGUGCUAUCACUAUGCGUCGGUGGUUGGCCAACCAGGCGAACGUCGACCUCCUCUGCCCCACUGGCCUCACCGCAUGUGCCAUCCCCGGUCGGAGCGUCAAGGCUGGUCUCAAGGUGGACUGCCUGGACACCAAGAGCGACGUGGAGACUUGCGGCGGUUGCGAAUUCCCUCUUCACGGCCAGCCCAAGGGCGUCGACUGCAGCGUCAUCGACAACGCCGGAAGCGUCUCGUGCGUCAACGGCCAGUGCAUCGUCCACUCCUGCAGGCCCGGCUUCGUCCUCGUCGGCUCUGACUGUGUACGGGCUCUCAAGAUCGAGUAG